AGUGAUUGGCACACGUCUAUCUAUUAUGCAUGUCAGCUUCCCUUUAGUGCGUUCUUGAGCUUGUUUCCAAGUAAGCACAGCUGAGAGGCAGCCUGCCUGCAUCGACACUCAGGACACAUUUUAUCUUCUUGAAAAGCAGGAGCUUUCUGAGGGGAACUCAAAAAUGGAGCUGAUGGGCUCCACUCUGGCAGCUACAUAUGCUCGUCCAAACACCAGCCACUUCCUGCCUGCCAUCUCCACCAUGGCAUCCAGCUAUCGCAACCCUCAGCCAGCGUUGGCCAUGAAUCCCAGUGCCAACCUGUGGAGGACCAACGGCUAUUACAAAAGCAGCAGCACUGUCCCAACACCUUCAUCUAUACAGCGAGAGAAUUUAGAUCUGGUUCGAUCCAAGACUAUGUUCUACCCGUCCAACAGGACAGCGCUUACCACCCGCUACACUCCCGAAGACUGGUACAAGUCCAACAUGAGCAACUACAGGGAGUCGGAGUCGUCCAGGAAAAGCGCAGAGAGACUUAGGAGAGACACCAUCAGGAUGAUGCAGGAUAAGGAGCAGCUCACCAGGCUAACCCAGGAGAAAACCAACAAGAACAUUGGCGAGCGGCUCAAUGACAUCGUCUUCUGGAGGGCUGAGCUGAGCCACGAGAUAGACAACAUGGUGACAGAGAUAGCAGCGCUCAAUGAGGUUAAGAGGAGGCUGGAGAGGGCCUUGGCCGAGACGGAGGGGCCCCUUCAGGUGUCACAAGAGUGUUUGUACCACAGAGAGAAGCGGAUGUCCAUCGAUCUGGUGCACGACCACGUGGAGAAAAAUCUCAUAAAGGAAGUGGAAGUCAUCAAAUCAUGUCAGGAAAGGAUGAGGCGACAUCUGGACAGAGCCAUCGCUCAGCUGGCGUCGAACCGAGCAGCUCAGCAUGAACUGGAAAGGGACAUGAGCGACAAAGUGACAGCUCAGAGGAUAGACGGAAGGUGUCACCAUCUGAGGAACACAUCCGACGCCAUCGGCUACCACAGAGGGAUUGAAAGACUAGACCCCUCGCUCUCUCUACCGGACUCGUGGUCCAAGUUCACCGACGACAACAUCCUGCUCUCCCAGAGCCAGCGGGCGGCCUCCCAGAAGCUGAGGGACGAGAUCGAGAUCCUGCUGAGCACCACGUCCAACGAGAUGUGGAACCAGUUCAACAACGCCAACGUGGCCUUCAUGAACCGCGUGUCAGAAAUCGCUGACGCCAAGAACAGCCUGCAGACGCACCUGGCUAAGACCCUGCAGGAGAUCUUCCAGACAGAGAUGCUGAUUGAGUCUCUGAAGAAGGCGCUCAGAGACAAGGAGUGCCCACUGAAAGUGGCGCAAACCAGGCUGGAGGAGAGGACGCGCAGGCCCAACAUGGAGCUCUGCAGGGACAACCCGCACCACAGACUCGUGGGUGAGGUGAGGGAGAUCGAGGACACCAUCCAGAAGCUGCAGGAGAGGCUGAUGGAGGCUCAGAACACUCUGCAGACUCUGGUCAGGACCAAAGUGACCCUGGAGCACGACCUGUCCAUCAAGGCCAACUCGCUCUUCCUGGACCAGGAAAAGUGCAUGAGCAUACGCAAGAGCUUCCCCAGCAUGCCUCGUCUGGUGGGCUACACCUAAAUGAAGCCUCGGUGGACCAGAAGAAAAAAAUAUUGACUGACUUGAUUGACUGGCGAUGUUGGAGUGAUUUUGAGGGUGUUGUGGGUGAUUUGACCAAAAAGAAAAUUACAACAAUUUACGAGCACGAUGUUUUAAUCUGAUCAUAAACGGACUAUCAUAGCUUUGAGUAUUGUACCCGUAAUGUAUUUAAAAUGGGUUUAAAAAUAAAUGAAGGUUUAAACACA